ACACAGUCAGGGACAGUACUAAAUGCUGAAACAGAACAACCUUUACCAGACAAGAAAUAAGAGCUGAAAACUGAGAAUAAUGCUGCGUUGUAUUUUCUUUCUGAUGUGCCUUUUGCAGUUCAGGCACUCAGUGUUUGCAGCUGUCACCCCGAAGCCAAUUAUUGUAAAUGGCACCUACAUAAAUCCAGAAUUGGGCAAGUAUCAUGCUAGGCUGAGAACGCUCGCUCAGAGCUGCCUGGAUAUCAAAGAGAAAUAUAAUGUUUCACAGGAUGGCAUAUACUUCCUGACAACAGAGAGUGGGUCAGUGUACCAAACUUUCUGUGAUAUGACCACAGCCGGAGGUGGCUGGACUCUUGUGGCCAGUGUGCAUGAGAACAACUUAAAUGGGAGGUGCUCUCUCGGCGACCGCUGGUCAAGCCAGCAGGGUAAUGACCAGCACCAGCCUGAAGGAGACGGAACGUGGGCGAACACCGAUACGUUUGGAACCGCAGAGGGUUCAACUAGUGAUGACUACAAGAAUCCUGGGUACUAUGAAAUCCCUGCAAAAGAUGUGUCAGUGUGGCACGUUCCAAACAAGGAGUUGUUGAAAAACUGGAUGACUGCUGCCAUUCUACGAUACCACACAGAAAGCCAGUUCCUGAGUGAACAUGGUGGAAGCCUUUACAACUUAUUCAAGAAAUACCCUGUGAAGUUCGCAGCAGGGGACUGUAAAACUGAUAUGGGACCCAGCAGUCCAGUGUUGUAUGAUACUGGAGACAAGGACUCAACAGCAGACUUAUAUGGACCAUCUGCUAGAAAGGAAUUUGAGUCUGGGUUCAUCACCUUCAGAGUGUUCAACACUGAUAAAGCAGCCAUGGCCAUGUGUUCUGGAGUUAAACCAACUGGAUGUAAUCCGCAACAUUAUUGUAUUGGCGGAGGAGGAUUUUUCCCAGAGCGAAACCAGUGUGGAGACUUCACAGCUCUUGACGGGAGCAGCGAUGGAACACAGAAAGAAAUGACUGCAUCUAAAGAAAUGAUUGAAUCAGCUGUACUGCUCUUCUAUCGUUAACGGUUGUCUGAAAAUAAAAUAAUAUCAAAUAAAAUACAAAAGUAUCACUGA